CCCAAUUCACGUGAAUUUGUAUUAUCAAUCUUUGGAACAACAUUUGUUAAAAGAAAAAAACUCGAUCACGCAGCUUAAAUAAGUAGUAUAAAAGCGGAGAGGUACAUGAAUAUUUAGAACAGAAUCACAAGAAUUUGUUUCCGGCGAGUUAAGUAGAGAAACGUGUCUCUCAUUUCUUCUACGGCUACCGACAUUGCUGUACCGACACGGCGACUCUGUUUUCUUUUCGCUCUCUUUAACUAUUUUCCUCCUAUAAUCCUCUGCCACCGCCGCACCUCUGCACUCUUACCAACGAAGUAAUCGAUUCUCUUCCUUUCAAGGAAACUAAGGUUAGCGGCAACAACACCAAUCCCCCGACUUUCUAUAAAUAACCUCCUCUCCUACUUCCCCUCACCACCCCCUCUGAGGAUUGGCCGUCUCAGAGUGGCGUAACGUCGCCGUGAGUUAAAUCAUGUCCAACCCAUCUAGGCCAAUAGCCCACUCUGUUUCCGUGAUUGAAAAUUUUGGGGAUUUUUACGAGGCCUGGCUGGCAACCCAACGGGGAUUUCUCGAGCAGCUUCUCCACGUUGUGCAAAUCAGCGAUAACAAGGAGGAGCGCCAAUUGGGUCUAAUCAACCAAGUUUUAGCCCAUUACCAGCUUUACCACGAGGAAAUUUCCAAGGCCGCCGGCGAGGAUGUCUUCAGGGUGUUUUCAGCGCCUUGGCUUACUUCUUACGAGAGGACUCUGCUUUGGAUUUCUGGGUUUAAGCCCUCGAUUGUGUUCCGAUUGGUAGAUGGAGCGGUGAAGGAUUUGACGCCUGCGCAAGCAGCGUCAUUGGAGGAGCUGAAGGCCGACGUCAAGCGGAAGGAGAGGGAUUUGACUGAGGCAAUGGCUAGCCUACAAGAGACGGUGGCGGCGCCGCCAAUUGUGGGGCUGGCACGACGAGCAGGGAGAUUGGUGGAUGGAGAGAUUUGCGAAAUGGAGAAUGCAAUUGAGGAGCUCAAAAUUGGGAUGUUGGGAGUUUUCGAUGGUGCCGAUUUGCUUCGAGGGUCGACAAUGAAAGGGGUUAUGGAGAUUCUGAGGACUGAUCAAACGCUAAGGCUUGUAGCAGCGGCGACAGAGUUUCAAUUACGAAUCAGACGAUGGGGCAUCCAGAGAGAUUCACAGAGAACAAGAACAAUAUAAAUCACCACAAAAAUGGAACUUUAGUUUUAAGUUGAAUCUGAUAUUUGAAAUAUUUGGUACUUGUGAUUUUAAAGAGUUCUUGAAUUGUAUGUGUGACUCUGUGUAUGUGGUGAGUUUUGAGCCACUAGGCCAAAUCUCGUUAUGUCCAGAAAUAAAAAUAGGUUUAAAUCUUAUUUUUAUCUUUGAA